GUCGGCUCAGCCCAGCCAGCUCGGCAGCAAUCAGUCACAAUGCCACGCGCAGAGAAGGGCUCUUCCAAGGCCUUGGCCAACGCCAUGAAAAGCAAAGGCCUACAACGGCUGAGAUGGUACUGUCAAGUCUGCGAGAAACAAUGCCGUGAUGCAAACGGCUUCAAGUGCCACACCAUGUCCGAGGGUCACUUGCGCAUGAUGCUCGUCGUCGGAGAGAACGCGGGAAAGCACCUGGACGCUUACUCUCAGACCUUCAAGUCCGACUUUCUCCGCCUCCUCUCCAACAGAUGGGGAACCAAGCGUGUCAGGGCCAACCAGGUCUACAACGAGUUUAUCCAAGACAAGCAUCACACGCAUAUGAAUUCAACUCGUUGGGUCACCCUGACCGAGUUCAUAAAGAGUCUUGGACGGCAAGGUGUCGUCAAAGUCGACGAGACUGAAAAGGGUUUCUACAUUGCUUGGAUUGACAAUACGCCCAAGACGCUCUCACGUCAGGCUGCAACACAGUCAAAAGAGCGCGCCGAUAUGGACGAUGAGCAACGACAGCGCAAGCUCAUCAAAGAACAGAUCGCCCGUGCGCAAGCAGAGGUUUCCGCCGCGCCUGUCGCCUCCGGUAGUGGAUCCGAAAAUAGUGGAUCUCUGUCUCCGUCUGCAGAUUCUAAAGAGCCCGCGCCACCGAUUCAGAUUAAAUUAGACUUGCCCGCAUCUGCGCCUGUUGCACCUGCUGCCGUGGCGCCCAUCAAGAUCAACCCGCUCAAGGUUGCUAAUCCCCUCAAGGGAGCUAGCAAACCCUCUAUCUUCAAGACUGGCUCUGCCACGCCGGCAUCAGUCAGCAACAAGCGGCCGCUGUCUGCGAUGGAGCAAAUCGUCAGAGAAGAGGAGGAGCGGAAGCGGAGGCGAGAAUCAAGACCGAUGCAGAUCGGCAGGAUCGCUACAUAGGAGUUGACAAAGCAUCACUGUCACAUGAGUCUUGUUGACUGUAUGCCCCUUUGUGACAGCUCGCAUCACAAUGCAAUCGUUUUCUGGUUCCAUCAGCACCGCCCAGAUGGCUCCGUUCAUCUAAUGGCAUCUGGCUGCAUGGAAAUGACCUGAAACGCCGCAUGCCGCUUGUCAACAGACGACGAUCACUCGAAGCACAUGUUUCCAGCC